CAAUCGACGAACGGGAACAGCACGAAGCAACUCCGAUUCCGGCCAGCUUUCGUCCAAACGAAGCUCAAAUCAAAGGGAAAAGGCUCGUGGUGUACCCGAGGUCGUUUGUACUCCAUUCCAUCGACUUUCUACUGUUUGAAUAGAGCGCCGAUGCAGGUGUCAGUGGAUCCCGGACCGAUUGAUCCUUCAGUCCUGACAUUGCAGGCCACGCACCGGAGCGAGGAUGUGUGGCGUGGCCUGGAUGUUCAGGUAGAUAGGUGUCGUGAGCACCUACGCAGUAUAUUCCACAUGGGGGUGGACGAUAGGAUUCUACAUUACGUUCGAUUAGCUGGGUUUUAUGGUGUUCACAGAUUAGUUUCGACUCUGCAUAUAGAUAGAGCAUUACUUACCGCUCUACUUGAGCAUUGGAGGCAGGAGACUCACACGUUCCAUUUACCAGUGGGUGAGGUCACGAUCACAUUAGGAGAUGUGGCUGUAUUGGCAGGUCUACCGAUCGAGGGUCGGGCAGUUACUGGGACUGCAUGUAGACUGUGUGUUGAUUUGGUACACAGAUUGUUGGGAGUACGGCCACACCCUGGGACAGAUAUUCGGGGGUCCGCCUUGAGGAUGGCUUGGUUGAGAGAGCAUUUUGUUGGUUUACCUGCUGAUGCUGAUGACGAUGUUGUGCAGCAGUACGCGAGAGCCUACAUUCUGAUGCUUAUGGGAGCUUCCACGUUUGCGGACAAGAGCGGGAAUGAGGUGCAGGUCUUGUAUUUACCCAUUCUGGAGUCUUUUGAUGUAGCUGCAGUUUAUAGCUGGGGUAGUGCGACUUUAGCAUACCUAUAUCGGCAGUUAUGUCGAGGAUGCCAUCGUGACGGUGGAGAGAUGGGUGGGUUUUUAUUGUUGAUACAGCUAUGGUCAUGGGAGCACAUUCAUAUCGGCAGACCUGUCAUACUGCGAUAUCAUGGGAUAGAUGGUGGUCCUCUUGAUGAUGAUAUGGAUCAGCACGCUGUACUUGGGCCACAUCAUGUUCGUGGCGAGGAUCCUUUGGGUCGUAGAUGGCUAUUUGCUCAUGUCACGCGCACGUCAUCCGCUGCUGGAUUAGGAUACUACCGAGAUGCUUUAGAUCGCUUGUGUGAUGAUCAGAUGACGUGGAUGCCGUACACUGAUGAGAUUUUAGGGUUGUUGCCUCCUGUUGCCCGAGAGCACACUGAGAUAUGGUGAGCACGUGUGCCCUUGAUAUGUUUUGAUGUAGUGGAGCAUCACUUUCCUGAUCGCGUACUACGCCAGUUCGGGUUGCAGCAGAUUACUCCCAGACCUUGUGAUACAUCUGUGGAUUUGCACAAGAUUGAUAGACGGGGGAAGCACACUGAAGAUUGGGGGAUGCGCCAUAUUCAGUAUAUCACUAUGUGGGAUGAGAGAGCGGCGUAUAUAGUGGACGGGAUCCCAUCAUUAGUCCCCACAGCUUCUGUAGACUACAUGAGAUGGUAUUGCACCAUCACACGGGUGUUUAUCUCUCCCAGUUUUCGUUUACCCACUGAUCAUUACCAGCCUAGCUCAGUCGCUCUUCAUAUGACGACACGGGCUUUGCGUAGCAUCCAUGACAGAGCGACUGCUAUACUUGAUGAGGCGGUAGAUGUACAGGGAUACCAUGACGCUUGUUCAGGCAUUGUUUCACUGUGCGCUGAUGUAUUGGGUCGAGUGGAUUAUGGAUAUAUGGCCACCUCUCAGCAUUCCACCGCAUCUACAUCCGCAGCAGGGUCUUCUCAGGCAGUCCGACGUGAUAGAGUUGUUCUUCAGCCUCGUAACCAGCGCAGGCGUCCCCGAGCACAGCCACAUGAACUUCAUGAUGAUGAUGAUCACAUUGACUUAUGAUGUUUGUAUUUAAAUUAUUGUGUGAAAGUUGUAGCAUGCACUGGCAGAUCGAAUCAUUUUGUGAAACACCAG